GUUUUAUGCUUAAUUUUAUCCUCUGCUGAGUCAGGUUGGUAAAAUUCUUCUGAUGAUUAACAACGACUCUUUACAGUCGCCAGAAAAUUGUAAAAAGCGGAGAAAAUGCUAUUCCGGUCCAAAUCCGUGAUCUUCCUCGGUGGCGUAUUCACCUUCUUCUCCUUCUUUCUAGCCGCCGUUGCCGUUGCUACGACGGCGGCCGUGAAGGAAGAUCAGAAUUUGUUCGUUAAUGCAGUUGAGAACGGGAAAGUACUAGACCUAGAUGAAUCCAACUUCGAUGCCGCUAUUUCAACCUUCGAUUAUAUUUUCGUUGACUUUUACGCCCCAUGGUGUGGCCACUGCAAGCGUCUUACUCCCGAGUUGGAGAAAGCAGCUCCAGUUCUUGCUAAAUUGAAGCCGCCAAUUGUUGUUGCGAAAAUCGAUGCUGACAAAUACAGACGUAUUGGCUCUAAGCAUGAUAUUGAUGGGUUUCCGACCUUAAAGAUAUUUAUGCAUGGGGUCCCUACAGAGUAUUAUGGACAAAGGAAAGCUGAUAUACUUGUUCGAUUCUUGAAGAAAUUUGUUGCUCCAGAUGUUGCCAUUCUCAGUUCUGACUCCUCUAUUAAGGAGUUUAUUGAAACAGCUGACACCCAAUUUCCUGUAUUCAUUGGAUUUGGCUUGAAUGAAUCCACCAUAUCCAAUUUGGCUGUCAAGUACAAGAAAAAGGCGUGGUUUGCUGUGGCGAAAGACUUUUCCGAUGAAACCAUGGCCUUCUAUGAUUUUGACAAGGCGCCUGCAGUUGUCUCAAUUAAUCCAGGAUACAAUGAGCAGAGUGUUUAUUAUGGUCCUUUUGAAGAGAGUUUCCUCGAGGACUACAUCAAGCAAAGUUUGUUGCCUCUUGUUUUACCAAUAAAUCAAGAUUCACUGAAAUUGUUGAAGGAUGAUGAGAGGAAGAUUGCUUUGACAAUUGUUAAAGAUGAGUCAGAUGCAAAAUCAAAGGAUUUAGUCAAGUUGUUGAAGGCUGCUGCCUCUGCAAACCGUGAUUUGGUAUUUGGUUAUGUUGGCUUGCAGCAGUUUGAAGCGCUUGCAGAGUCAUUUGAAGUGAACAUGAAUUCGGAAUUGCCGAAGAUGGUCAUUUGGGAUGGAAAUGAGGAAUACCUUUCGGUUAUUGGUUCAGAAAGCAUGAAGGAAGUGGAUCAGGGAUCAGAAAUCACACGAUUUCUUGAAGGAUAUAGACAGGGGAGUGUAAUCCAGAAGCGUAUUAGCGGUCCUUCUUUUAUGGGUUUUAUAAACUCGCUCUUCGGGAUGAGAACUGUUUAUAUUCUUAUCUUUGUUGUUGCAAUGUUUAUUCUAAUUCUCACAAUCAAUAAAGAGGAGCCUCAAAGGGCUGGUACAGAGGACUCAACGGAUCAGGGGAGCAGUUCUACUAGUCAACCUGAGACCAGAGAAAAGGAAGAUUAAGUGAAGCUUAUUAUAACUCUGAAUUGGUCCUAGAGAAAUGUAUGAGAUGCUUGAUCCAAAAGGGAAAGCCAUUUCUUAGUGAGGACGGGAUCCGGGUGUUCUUCUAUUAUAGAGUUUAUCGCCGAUGGUUCAAUUUUCGCGAGCAUAAUUAAAUUUUUAUUUUCUAACUAUCCUUUAAUUAGUGGGUGUAGAAUGAUUUACAGCUGAUAUUUUGCAAUUUUCAUGUAUUAUAGCUUUAUGUUUUUUCGACAUGAUCAACGUGCGAAAUGCUUUUGGUAAUGUGUGUUCUCUAGGCCUUGGUCUCUUAGCAUAUUUUCCGUUCAUUUCGUUGGAAGCGCAACACAAGAGUACCCAACUGCCCGGAGUCUCCACCAUCUCCGCCGACCAAAGUGCCUCCGGCAACAGUCACGUCAAUGGACCCACAAACAAGCACCAAAGUACCGUUGCCGCAAUAAAACGACACAACAACGGGUAAAAGAAAUGCAACACAGAACCCAAUAUCACAACAGCGAACCUCCACUUUGGGCGAGGGGAAUCACGCGCAAAAAAAACGCCGCCGUUAUCCCUCAAAUCCAUGGACCGGAAAGCCCAAGCCCACAUCAGGUAAUAUUUUCCAGAAUACACUUACAAAAGGGUUUCAGCACUUGCAGGACUAGAAAAGGAGGCAUCCGAGAUGGUAGCCACUUCUGAAUUAAAAACACCAACAACAGCAUUUGGAUGGACCGGGAACCACUUCACUUUCAGCCAGGGCCAGAAGUCUCAAAGUGUCAGAUACCCGCGGUGUUACCGGUACGAUCGGACUCCAGAGAGUAGGACAAAUAACAAAGAGAGACGUAAAGAAGAAAACUGAAUAUAGUGUAUUUCUUUUGACAAAAAUUCAAGGGUGGCUACACAGUCCUAUUUAUAAAAGAAUCACCGAUAGACGGUUGAAUUCCCCAACCGUUUCCAGCUGGCCAGAAAGAGAGUUUUCUAACCGAAAUGGAAAAUACAACCCAAAAUGCAGAUGAAAUGAAAUGCACAGGUAAUACCCCCAAAUGUUGUCUAAGUUGACUUAGUUGACGAAGAAUUAUAAAGGAACCCAGUAUUGUGUUACAAUGUCAAUCAAGUCCCCAGGCUGUGACAACUCCUUCCCUGAUAAGGUCAACCUUGUCCUCAAGAUUUGAAACCUGGAAACUGCUUCUGCACAAAUCCCUGGUCUUCCCAAGAGGCAUCAUCUGCACUGAAUCCCUUCCAUUGAAUAAGCCAUUGCACAACCUGAUGAUUAUCACGUAGAAUAAACCGACGUUUCAGCACCUUCUCCGGACACAGGGUUGAUUCUGCGAGCAAUGAAAAAUCAGGUGGUGGGGUGCUUACAGCAGGAAUAUGGCCAUGAAACCUUUUGAGAAGAGACACAUGGAAGACAUCAUGGAUUCUGACUUGAGCUGGAAACUGUAACUUAUAGGCAACCGAUCCAAUUUUUUCCAAAACCUUGUAGGAACCAAAGUAUCUGGAAGAAAGCUUUAAGUAUGAUCUGACUGCCAAUGUAGACUGUUUAUAUGGUUGCAGU